AUGCUGGUAACUUAUAAUUUAACCGUGCCUGUUGUUUUUCUGCUGACUCUGAUCUAUGGAAUGUCAGCUCUCUCAUUCGAUCAGCCAAAUCUAUGUCCGACAGCAAAGUGGAAUCAAGACGCGUCCCCUUUUGCAGAUGUAUAUGACGUCGGAACCGAACGUGUACUUAUGUUCAUUGAUGCAAAUAACACAAUUUAUGCUACUUCAGACAAGAAAGCUCAAAUUAUAGUCUGUUUGAUAGACGAUUCACAAUAUGCGGCAUGGUCAAACGAAGCUAAUUUGCGUUCACCACCUGCACUUCACUAA